CUAUCACAUCCGGGACUGGGGAGCCUAAAGUCAACUACCAUCUCUCUUUUAUGUUUUAACUCGCAAACACAAAUGCACUCUACAAAACGCUCUCCUUUGUCGCACAAAUGAAGAGUCUGAAUCCAAGCCUGCAGGAAAACUGCAGCAGAAGAAAUGGAGUGAUCGGGCUCGGAUUAGUGCCCCCCACUGUUAAUAUCAAGGUUUCUCAUGGACUUAACCAAUAUGAAGUUGCUGUGCCAUCUAACUCCACUUUUGGUUAUCUCAAAUCUGUUAUUGCUCAAAAACUUGGUACGAAGCCUGAGAUGUAUAAACUCUUCUUCAGAGGUAAAGAAAAAGAAGAUGAUGAAGAUCUUCAAACGGCAGGUGUAAAGAACAACUCUGAGCUGUCACUUAAGGAGUACACGGUAAGUGAGCAGAAUGUCGCUGAAGAAGUUCAGGAAACAUGUGUAAUCUCAAAAAGCGGUGAAGCUGUUGCUGAAGUCAGGAAAGAGGUUGACAAGCUCGAGCAACAGGUUUUAGCAUUGCAAGCGGUCGUGGAUAGUGGAAAGAAGGUCGACGGUAAGGAAAUUAUUUACUUGACUGAAAUGCUUAUGAGGGAGUUGCUUAAGUUGGAUGGUAUUGAAGCUGAAGGAGAAGGGAGAGUUCAGAGAAAGAUGGAGGUGCGUCGAGUCCAGAGCCUUGUCGACACCCUGGAUGUCCUGAAGUCAAGAAACUCAUAUGCCUCUGACAAUAUGCAUAGGACUGUGCCUUCAACCACUCAGCGGGAGGUCUUUAACCCCAAUUGUGGAAGUAUUAGGUCUGUAACAUCUCCGUGGGAGACUUGUGAUCCUCGUGGAAGUUUUAGCCCCUCUUUUGCUAUGCCAUCAUCUGCGCCGUCCCCUACGCCAUAUGUUGCCCAUUCUACUGUGCCAUAUUAUGUCCCUCACCCUCCUAUGCCAUCUUCUACCCCUUCCGCUUAUGUUCCUUACCCUCCUAUGCCAUCUUAUGCUCAUUUCUCUAUGCCAUCUUCAUCAGAGGUAAAUCAGAAUUGGGAACACUUUGGCUAGUCCAUAUUUGGUUUGUGAAUCAUGAAAUUUCUUAUCUAAAGUGAAUUGAACAGUUGCUAUUCUGUAUUGCUUUGUUUGGAUUAUUGAUAUUUGGGAAAACUUCAAAAUUUGUCCAUAGCUUAAGUGUAAAUUUAUUAUGCCUUGAGAAGAGGGAUCUGAUUACUUCAUUUGAUUCAUGACUGAACUUUCUUCGGUUUCAAGAAUCUACUAUAUGACAGUAUCAAACCCAUAAAACUCUAAUGCAUUUAUUGAAAUCAAAUUUUCCGUGUUUUUAGCUGUUUCCACUAAGAGUUGUGCUAUUCCAUUUGAAUCUUGCCCUUUUGCCCUUGCUCUUUUAUGACAUUCUUAAUGCCGUUCCUUCUGACAUCCUUUGAAUUGCAUUGAACAAAUCCCCAUAUAGAGUAGUAACCCAAUUCCAUUGCGCACCACAAAUCAUAUCUACAAACCAGUGAAAAAAAGUUGAUAGGAAUAAAUGCU